AUGACAGACACCGAUCCUUCAACGCUUGAGGGCGGCUUGCCUUCUCAGCAGCAUGCAGGUCCUAAUCGAAGACCUCGUGCGCCUACAAUUACAAUCGAUACCGCAGCUGGCGACAACAAUCUUAACGCAGCUCCAGGUGCUGAUCACGAACUUGAUCAACUCUCAGACGACGGACGAUCAAUGCAAGGUGAUAAGUCUCCACGGUUACAGCCAUCGUCAAUGACGCACUCACCCACCGAGGUUCGUGGGACGACAAGCUUCGACAGCCGAGAGUCAAGGCCUACGAGCCCUCAUAACGUGUCAUCACCAAAUUGGGGCAACCAGCAAAGUUUCCUCGCUGUUCCAAAUGCGCGAAGCCGAGGUGCUAGCAUCGACUCCGAGGUCGAGACUGCCAUCGGAUCGGAUUUCACUCAUGUCAACGUCCAGAAGUUUGGCGAUGACCUCCCUGCAAGCAAGUUUAACGAUCUGAACACUGGGCCGCACCAUAACGAGCCUGCCAUCCUGCCUGACGAAGAAGCCCUCAAACCGGACCCCGGCACAGAGAAAGACUUCGUCCGCGAGAACAAUCCAUUCGCAUUCACCCCCGGAGAAUUGGGAAAAUUAUUCAAUCCUAAAAGCUUGGGCGCCUUCCAUGCUCUCGGCGGUCUCAGCGGAAUUGAGAAAGGUUUGCGAAGCGAUCGCAAUGCAGGUCUGAGCAUUGACGAGCAGCAUCUUGAAGGGCAGGUCACCUUUGAAGACGCUACUGGAUCAAGUCCCUUUGUCAAGUCAUCAGAAUUCGGUGUUUCCGCACCAUCUGCUUCCUCUCCCGCUACGAUCAAAAGCUUCAACGAUCGCAUUCGAAUUUUCCAAGAUAACAGAUUGCCCGAGAAGAAGGCCAAGAGCAUCUUUCAGCUCAUGUGGCUUGCGUACAACGACAAAGUCUUGAUUGUGUUGACUGUGGCCGCUGUGGUUGCGUUAGCCGUCGGUCUGUACCAGGCACUAUCGGAAGGCGGUGUCGAAUGGAUCGAAGGUGUGGCCAUUAUCAUUGCCAUUAUUGUUGUCGUCCUCGUGGGCGCGAUCAAUGACUGGCAAAAGGAACUACAAUUCGCAAAACUGAACAAGAAGAAGGCCGACCGCAAUGUCAACGUCGAACUCAAUGUGUAUGACCUUGUUGUCGGAGAUGUACUCCUCAUCGCAUCCGGUGAUGUCUUGCCAGUCGACGGCAUCCUCAUCUCUGGACACGGAGUCAAGUGCGACGAAUCCUCCGCAACCGGUGAAUCCGACCUCUUGAAGAAGACCCCAGGCGAUGAAGUCUUCGCUGCCAUGGAAAAGAAUGGCAAUCUCAGAAAGAUGGAUCCGUUCAUGAUCUCCGGUGGCAAAGUGACAGAGGGUGUCGGUCGCAUGAUGGUCACUGCUGUCGGUGUCAACUCUUCCUACGGCAAAACCAUGCUUACGCUGCAGGACAGCAACGACAUGACUCCGCUGCAAAGCAAAUUGAACAAACUCGCCGAAUAUAUUGCCAAGAUUGGUAGUGCUGCUGCCAUCUUGCUCUUCGUCAUUCUAUUCAUCAAAUUUCUGGCCGGGCUUCGUCACGAUGAUCCGGGCAUGCCGCCGCGGACCCCAGAGCAGAAGGGGCGACAGUUCCUGAAUAUUCUUAUUGUGGCCAUCACGAUCAUUGUCGUCGCAGUCCCCGAAGGGCUGCCGCUCGCCGUCACAUUGGCUUUGGCCUACGCCACCAGACGAAUGCUCAAGGACAGAAAUUUGGUACGCGUACUUCGCUCUUGCGAGACCAUGGGAAAUGCCACUACGGUAUGCUCGGACAAGACAGGCACUCUCACUCAGAAUGUCAUGACAGUCGUUGCUGGUUCUAUUGGGACGUCUAGUAGAUUUCGCGACCAAGUUGGUGCUGAGGACGCAUCAACCAAGAACACUGCUCCUGUCGAUGAGAUCGAUGCUCAGCAGACAAAAGAAUGUGUCGCAACUCUUGCACCAUCUGUGAAGACUUUGUUGAAAGAGAGUAUUGCCAUCAACUCCACCGCAUUUGAAAAGGAAGAGAACGGCAAGCAAAUCUUCAUUGGAUCCAAGACCGAGACGGCCCUUCUCGACUUCGCGAAGGAGUUCCUCGCCAUGGAAAAGGUCCAACUCGAACGGGACAACGCCGAAAUCGUCCAGAUGAUACCAUUCGACUCCAGCCGUAAGUGCAUGGGCAUGGUCAUCAAAAACCGCGAAACCAAAGGAUACCGUUUGAUCGUCAAGGGUGCUAGCGAAAUCAUGCUCCGUCAAAGCUCACAGAUCAUCAGCGAUCCUACAAAGGACAUCUCUGGAGUCGCAUUAAACACCGAUACCAAGGCUACACUCGAGUCUCUCAUCAACGCUUAUGCGUCCCGCUCGCUGCGGACCAUUGGCUUGUUGUACAGGGACUUUGAUUCGGAGUCGUGGCCACCGAAGGGUAUUCGGAAGGUGGAAGAUGACCCCUCACAGGCCUCGUUCGACGACAUCUUCAAGCAGAUGAUCUUCGUUGGGGUCGUCGGUAUUCAAGAUCCUCUCCGCCCUGGUGUGAAGGAGGCUGUUAAAGACAUGAUCACAGCUGGAGUGUUCCCACGCAUGGUUACCGGCGACAACAUCAUCACUGCGAAGGCUAUCGCCACGGAGUGCGGUAUCUUUACUGCCGGUGGUGUUGCCCUCGAAGGUCCUGAGUUCCGCAAAAUGAGCAAGGCCGAACAGAAGGCUAUCAUCCCCAAACUUCAAGUUCUCGCGCGCUCUUCUCCCGAUGACAAACGUACUCUAGUCAAACGCCUCAAGGAGAUGGGCGAGACUGUGGCUGUCACUGGUGAUGGUACCAACGAUGCCCCAGCUCUCAAGGCUGCUGACGUGGGAUUCUCGAUGAACAUUGCCGGCACAGAGGUCGCAAAGGAAGCCUCUGAUAUUAUUCUCAUGGAUGACAAUUUCGCGUCCAUCGUGAACGCUUUGAUGUGGGGCCGUGCCGUGAACGAUGCUGUCAGAAAGUUCUUGCAGUUCCAAAUCACUGUCAACAUUACUGCAGUGCUCUUGGCGUUCAUCUCCGCUGUUUCAAGCGCGAAUGAGACAUCAGUUCUAUCGGCUGUGCAGCUCUUGUGGGUCAACCUCAUUAUGGACACCAUGGCCGCUCUCGCCCUGGCAACCGACCCCCCAAGCCGAAAGAUCCUCAAUCGCAAGCCUGACCCGAAGUCAGCGCCUCUCAUCUCGGUCACCAUGUGGAAGAUGAUCAUCGGUCAAGCCAUCUAUCAAUUGACAAUCACGCUUGUUCUGUAUUUCGCCGGCCCUACUAUCUUUCAGUAUGGUACGGAAGAAGAGCUCAAGCAACACGCGACUCUGAUUUUCAAUGCUCUCAACAACCGCCGCCUUGAUAACCGCUUCAACAUCUUUGAGGGCCUGGAAAAGAAUUUGUUCUUCAUUGGCAUCUUCUUCGUCAUGGUGGGUGGCCAAGUUAUCAUCAUAUUCUUUGGAGGCUGGGAGGCGUUCCAAGCGCAAUAUCAAUUCGGAGACCAGUGGGCUGUCGCCAUUGUGUUGGGAGCUAUUUCCAUCCCAAUCGGCGUUGUGAUCCGUCUUGUGCCAGACGAGCUAGCCAAGCAGCUUGUGCCAAAAUUCUUGCGGGACAUGCUCACGCGAGACAAGAGUAAGAUUGUUGUCACUGAUGAGGAGAAUCCUUUCGAAUUCAACGCUGCUUUGGUCGAGAUCAAGGAAGAAUUGGCUUGGCUCAAGAAGUACAAGGGAGGCCGUCUCAACAACCUCAAAUUCACUCUCGCUCAUCCAAAGGAAGCCUUUUUGGCCAGCCGGAGUCCUAGUCGCAGCCGUGCCAGUUCCACCAUUCCUCGGACACCGACCAACGAGGCCGAAGAUGACAAGAGCCAUUCUCCUGCGCCAUUGACGCCUGAGAGCCGUCGCCACAAACGUGGUCGCUCGAGGUCCAAUUCGGCACUUGCCGGUGCUGCCAUGGCCGGUAUCAUUGCGAGCUCCAUUGGCGGUGGCUGGUCUCCAGCAGAUCGACAGGGCAACGAAAGCUUACGUUUCCAGCGUGAUCGUUCCAAGAGCGACUUGUCCCGCGAUGCUCGGAUCGAGGUACACCCCAACACCAAGAAAGACCAGGAGAUCAUCGUAGAGGGUGAUCCGAUCGAGCAGGCAGGCGGCAAGCCUCCAAGCCAAUCCACGAAGACGACGCCCGAUUUCAGCUACGGUCCAUUCGGCGGAUCUGUCACCUCUGGCGGCAAGACGUACCCGCCGAAAGCGGCCAAGGCGGAUUGA